GCCAGCUACGGUUUAUGUAGCCACAGAGGUUGUGCGUUUCUUUUUACACCUUUCAUUUUGAUUUUUUGGUUUACAAGUUCUUUCAGUUUACUUUAGACUUCGCUUAAUAAUUUAUUUGCAUAGUUUUUUUUAAGCCCGCUCUUCACCUUGUCCCCCCCGCCAUGCCAGAGGAUGAGUAUUUGACGCCAAGUUUGAUGUCAAACCAAAUACACAGUGAUGUUGGGUUUGUGCCUCCAGACGGACUAUGCUGGGUGUCGGUCCUGUCUUGUUUGCUGCUGGCAUGCUCGUAUGUCGGAAGUUUGUAUGUGUGGAGAAGCGACCUGCCAAGGGACCACCCGGCGGUCAUCAAAAGACGCUUCACAAGUGUUCUCAUUGUGUCAACCCUGUCCCCUGUGUUCGUGUGGACAUGGAAAGAGCUCACAGGCGUGAGGCCGGGGCCGUCUCUGUUGGAGCUGAUGGGCAUUCGCCUGGAGGGCCUGGUGCCAGCCAUCAUACUGCCCCUGCUGCUCACCAUGGUGCUUUUCCUGGGGCCUCUAAUCCAGCUGGCCAUGGAUUGUCCCUGGGGCUUUAUUGAUGGCAUUCGAGUGAUAGUAGAUCCUCGUUUCUGGGCGCUGUGUUUGAGUGACAUGCGCUGGCUGCGUAACCAGGUGGUGGCGCCACUGACUGAGGAGCUGGUGUUCCGCGCCUGCAUGCUGCCCAUGCUGGUGCCCUGUGCCGGCCCCAGCACCGCCAUCCUCACCUGCCCGCUCUUCUUUGGCGUAGCUCAUUUUCAUCACGUGAUUGAGCUGCUGCGAUUCCGGCAGGGCACCGUGUCUGGGAUUUUCCUCGCUGCAGUUUUUCAGUUCUCAUACACAGCAGUGUUUGGAGCUUAUUGCGCCUUCAUUUUCCUCAGAACUGGUCACCUGGUGGGUCCGGUGCUGUGCCACUCCUUCUGUAACUACAUGGGUUUCCCUGCGGUGAGUGCGGCGCUGGAGCACCCCCACCGGCUGACGGUGCUGUCCUGCUACCUGCUGGGCGUGCUGCUCUUCUUCCUGCUGCUCUUCCCCAUCACCGCGCCGCUCUACUACGGCUCCCCCACGCCCCCCUGCACCCUGGCCCCCUCGCUCGGCUCCAUCUGCUCCUGAGGGUGGAUGUGGGUGGGGGCGCUGGAUGUCGGACAUGCGGGUGGUGAGGGGGGGCGGGGUUUGGGUUGGGGCCUGCCCCCAUGCCCAUGCCCACACACACACACACACUCCCGUGGUCAUCUCCAUGGUCCCCUCAACUCAUCACGUUCUUUUGACGGCCUCUUUGGCAACAGAUUCCUCUUUUCCGUUGGUGUGCAGCCGGCCAGCCUGUCCAUCUGCCUCCCCCCCUCAGCCUCUGGUAGGCCAGACCAGGACAGAGGAAGCUGUACAUGUUUUCUUUUUUUUGUGUUUUUAUUUCAACUCACACCAAACAAGGCUGCCUUUGUGGCCUUUUAUUCCACUUCUGUCUGUCAGUCACAGGUGUUUGUCAGCCGUUAUGUGAAACCACAGGUGAACAGGAGGAGGUGUAGGAGAAAAUUGCAGAACAAACAAACCAACAAACGUUUUUCUGUAGGCUGUGUUGAGGAGUGUUGCUAAACAUCACCACGCUUGUGACGUGUGUUGGAAAGUCAGCUAGUCUCUUGGGGAGAGGGAGAGGGUUCGCUGUUGGGUCUGUGUUCUCUGUACUCGUGUGCUGUAGCUCACGUCUGAGGGGUCUUGGGGUUUAUAGUCCUUUUUUAUUUGGGCAGAAUUCCUCAGAUGGCCCCCAUCUGGCCAUAAAGCCCACAGAAAUGAGUUGUUCAUGUCAUGAAGCUGCAGGCUUUCCGGAGCUCGGGCAACACACACAGCUCUGCUUUAGGACUAUUUUUGCAUGAACAAGGAAGGAUGUUGGCUUUUUUUUUUGGGCUCAAAAUUGGGGCUGUCCAAAGCACUUCUUUUUCUGUUCUUUUUUCAUCAACUCCUUUGCAGAAGUUAACUUUUUAACUGCGUUAAAAACUAUUAACUGGCUCAGGCUUCUCACUGGACUGCUCUAAUCAAUAAGCUUGAUCUAUAACAACACCUGCUGCUGGUGUCCUGUCUCUUAAUCUCAUGGUCAAGUUCACCGCGUCUCUCGCCAUGUGUUUCUCAUAAGUGAGGCGCUCUUUGAGCCUGGCAUUGCGACCGCCAGGGACCAUACAGGGCAGUUUUAUUAGAGGGGAGACAUGACAGUUAUGGAGCUUUUAAACCUCUCUUUGUGGUGUCUUGUUAGCCGUUGGCUCGCUACCCUUGUAGCACGCCUGAGAACCAUUUCCCUCCACACGCUGGUGGAAUCUCGUAGCAAAUUGAGGAUGAAGCAUCAUGUUCAAUAAGACACUCUUGCUCUGUAGCUGCAGUGAAAUAGUCUAGUUAAGGGUAUCUGGGGUACAGAGCUCGGUCAUACAGCCCAUCCUCAUGUCCAGCAUUGAAGCCGCGAGGCCUCCACAGAUCAAGGGCACAAGGUCAGCACAACAGCAGUAUUGUUCAGCAGUGUUGCCACAGUGGAAGGAGCAAUUCUUUGGGGUUUUGUUUGUUUUCCAUGGGGUGCAAGUGCAUGUUUGUCUUGUUUUAAUCCUCCUGCUCUUGGGAGAAACUAAGAGGGAGGAUGUACCGUAAGCCCAGGGCACAUAAGGUCAGGGAUUGGGUUUCUCAGGCCGUGGCUCAGCCCUGGGAGGUGAAAAAUGCCCAUCACCACCACAUUGCAUGCUGCUAUAUGUCGACACAUGGAUGUUCAAGGCUCACUUGUAACACACCAAAAAGAUUCUACAGUACAUAUAUAUACCCACCUACAGACCAACAUCUUCACCAAAGCUUUUGCUUGGCAGGUAUUGGUUCUUACUUGCAGAACUCAAACGUGUGCCAUUUGUUUUAGUUAUUUAUUAUUUAUGCAGACAGGCAGGUUUGGCCCUUGAAGGUAGCCGAGCCCUCUCUGUGAAGCAGAAGAUGUGUGUAUUGUGUGUGUGUGUGGGGCUCAGCGGAGAGUUCCCCAGCUUGUCUCACAAGAAAAACAAGCUCUUCUAAGCUCAGCUCUUAACACGCUGUCAUCUGGCUACGUGACUUCCUGUGCGGUGGAAAAAAGGUGUCUCGUCACCUUGAAUGUAAGCCCCACGGGCUGUGUCAGAAACAGCUGUCUGUCGCAAAGAUGAGCGCUCUCUGACCAUGUUGUGGCCUCGAGUCUUGCUUUAAACGCUCGUUGAGUAACUUGAGCUUGUGUAAGCUGUCAGUGUAAGGCAAUUGGGUCUAUUUUGUCAGUCACAACCUCAGAGGAAGUGAAAACAAGCAUACUCUCGGAUCGAGGUUUUAAGUUAAAUGUUCCACUUAGUGUCACUGAGUGGAGUGGAACAAAAACGGAAUCAAAACUCAAGUGGAUUUGAUGCAGUGGACGACCAAAUGGAGACGUUUAGUCUCUCACUUCCUGCUAGUUCAGAUGCAAGCGACGUUAGAGCGCAUUUGUGGUUUUGGUGAGGCGAGAAAGGCAACCUGUGGAGUCACAGAGAGACCCAGAGCAAUAACUUUUACAGACAUAAAAAGGACCAAAAUCAGGGAUUCGUAAAUGGGUGCCGUUGUGACUCGGGGUGUUUGCUGAACGCCACUGAAAGAUUUUCUUGAGAUGGUGUAUGGUGUAUGGCUGUUUUUUUUUGCCCUCACAAACUGAUUUCAUGCUAAGUAGGUUCUGUUUCUAGUUAAAUUUCAUAGAGUUCAAAUCCACUCAGCUCCAUGUUAAACAAUCAGGGAAUUCAUGGCCGUGCACUCUCACAGGGAAAACCUCUUUCUCCAGUCACAUUUUGAUCCUCAAAGAAUCAAAAGUGGUGUUUCAUAGGGCUUGACCCCAAUUGGUGGUAGAAUACAAAAUGCGUCUCGGUGUCGAGUCACUUCAUAGCUCUUAUCCGACUUUUGCCAGAUCCACAAUUGCAUGAAGGCUUUUCACCCUCCUACAAAUCUCUCCCAGAAGGGCCAACAUUACGCAACCCCUAAGCUUACAACCUCACUGAAGCAUAAUGAAACCUGCAAGUUGAACAAAUCCUUUGGUAUAUAUACGAUGAUAAUCCAUCAAUGCUGGCUAAGCAUCUUUGACCGGAGAGCUUAAGAAGUGUGUAAGAUGUACUGAAAGUACUGUACUGCAAACACUUGCAUCAUAGUCAAUAGUAUGUGACCUGGUAAGAUGAAAUGUUUUCCUCCAACUCCUUAUAAACACUGAUGUUAUUGUGACUUAGGCACACUGAGCUUUAUUGCAACAGGGUUGAAACAUACAAGUUCACAGCAACAGUGGCAGUCUACUUCCUGUAACUGCUGUAUGUUUACACUAGAUGGCGCCAUAGUACCAUCUUGUUGUCACUUGUAGUUUUUUGUAUAUGUGUGCCAGUCAGGACCUUCUGGGUCUGUUUUUGUUUGUGUAGAGUAGCUAAGAUGUUGUGAUGAAAUCUGUGGGUUUUGGAAAUAGAUUUACUCCAGGCAGUCAUGAUAACACAAUUGGAAACGCUGAGAGUGUGUGACCAUUGCAUAGUCACACUGUCCCUUUGAAAAAAAGGUUGACCUUGUCCAAAGGACCUGUUCAAAAAUCAUGUGGCUGGCUCAAGAUGGGAAUACUGAAGUUAGAAGUUGUCGAGGUGAAAAAAAGGACCAUUGUCAUUAAAAGUUACCAUCAGCUCACAACGUCCACCUGAUUUAUUUCAUCCGUUAAUUAACAUGGGCAUCUAUUCUCUUUUACAUCAUUUUCCCUCGAUGUAGACUUGAAGUAGAUGUCAGAGUGUGCUGUCAGAUGGAGCUGAUACAUUUUAGAUGGCGUCCCACCGGCCUGAUGCUUUGAUUGACCGCUUGUCACUUGACUACUGCCCCUGUUCUGCACUUUUGUCCCAAACUUGAAGAGAUUCAGACCACGUCCCAAGGCACAGAUGAGAAACUUCAUGACUCCUUUUUUUGUUAUUUGGGCUAACUUUGUCUCUGAAAAUAAUGGGUCUUUCUGUCAUUUCUUUCCAUCUUGUCUUUAUUUCACUCUUGAAAAGGAACUGCAUUGCAUUCAAGCCAAACAAUUUUUGUGUGCUCAAUAUCAGAUGCAUCCAGUACCUGUUUAGAUGCAUCUAGAGCAAUAGUGACAUGUAGAAUAUAUUUUUCUCUGACAAAAGGUAGCUAUGUGCUAUUUUAGUACACAAAACCACAACUGAAGAGCAGUGUAAUAUUUAAAUUUAGGAUUUCCUCAAUACAGAUGUUUAUUGGCCAGGGUUGGUGUCUAAUUUAUGAAUCUUUAGAUGUUUAUACUAAGGACUAUAUUUUAUAAUAAAUCUAUUUUGGAGGAGUGGAUGUACUAAAUAUGCGUGCAUGUUCAUUGUUUAUGUUUAAACUGCUGCCACAUUUGAGUGCAACUUUUUUGGUUUAAAAACAUACCAAUGGACAGACAUGUUUUAUGACAAUCUGUUUUUUGGUGGGUGGGGGGAAUAGACUUUCAAACCACAACACAGAACUCUGCAAUUUGUAAAUAAAGGAGCAAA